ACUCUUCAAUUCAAUUCCAAGCUUAUAGUUGAAAUAAUAGGAAUUAAAAUUCGGGAGUUUUCUCAAGUUUUCAAAUAUCGCAAAUAUUUCACCAGCAGGAUGGGAAAGGCAAAACUGUGUUAAAGAACAAGCUAACGAUGUAUUCACAUUGCUAAAAUUUGGGUAGAUUUAAUUUUUAAUCAUUCUGUCUAUUUAAAAACUUGACAGUGAUGCCAACGAGUGUAUAUUUGCGACCACGUUCCAGUCAAGUGCCUUCCCGAGUGCAUUACCAUCCACAUAAAUUACAUAAUAAGUACAAUUAAGAAAAUGAUUUAACAGCAUUCUUGUGCAUUCCAGAGCUACAGCGAUUCAAGCACUCUUGCUCUCCCGACGACAGGACUGUAGAAAGGCAAGAUAAUGUUGCUAAGCUUUCCUGCACAUAAUACAAUUCAUAGUUUUCUUUCAAUCGCUGAAGGCAAAACUGAUGAAAGGUGUCAGAACCUGUCCUCAAUCUAUGAUGAGUUACCUCAUUUCCGAUUUUAGAGACCAUCUUCAGUACAAAUUAAAGGUCUUAUAGCAUUUAAUUAAAACACCUUUAAAAUAGCAACGGAUCCGAGAAGGGACGAGCUUUUCUAAAACUACAUCCGCGGAAAAAGAAGACAAAUACAUACUGUUGUGAAAGAGAGAGUGAUCUACAUAUUUGAUAACUAUAUCGAAGGGAAAAAAAAUAUCAAACUUGAUCUGGAGAGCUGACAGCGGGCAGUUUGUGGAUCAAAAAACGGGUUAUACUGUUUAACUGAGUGGUUCAGUGGCACUCUUAUUCAUUAGCAUUAUCGAAAUAGAAGCGGGAAAAAUUGGUCUUACUAGAUCAUAGGCCGCUUAGCGUAGCAAUAGGCAGCUUAUAUUACAGUGAAUCAGUCCACUUUCCAUAUAGAAAUCAUUUGAAAACUGUAAAGAGCCCAUAACAAAUAAAGAGAAUAAACAAAAUAAAACCAGUGACAGUGUUUUUUUUUUUUUUUUCUGGCAAACAAUUUGGCUCUGUAUAUCUUUCCAUAACGUUCGUCGUAAUUUUACGUAAUUAAACAUAUUGUUUUGCCCCAACUUCGCAAUUUUUUUUCCCCAGGUCAGUCAUCCAAAGGAAAUCUAAACGAUUUAGAAUUAAAGAUCCCUUCAGUCAGAGUUCAUUUCCUUUGGUGCGUUUUGAAUUUCCGGUGGGGUUUGGUGUAGAAAACGUCGUAACAAUCGCUCUUGAGUGUUUGUCAACAUUUGACAACUUCAGACAUACUUACGAAACUCGAUGGAUGAAAUAAAUUAAAUUUCUGACUUAACUCUGGCCUUGAAUUGCUAAUUGUCAUAAAGCAAUUAAUUAUAUAGCUUCACAAACGUCUCUCUCGUUUCGAACCCAAGGUGUACAGGCUGGAGACACAUUUCUACACAUCGCGUGUGCCCAUCUGUCGUUAGAAAUAUUAGCAAAUAAAAUUCCUCUGGAAAUGUAUACCAGUAUUAAGUCUGAUCGUAUUUAUUUUCACGCCUGUCUGUGCCCUGUAGGUUACUUAAAUCCACGACACCGUCUGCCUGUUGUAGCUAUCAUUGUUGUUAUAAAUAUUUUUUUUUGGAAUUGCUCACUCACGCAAGCUCUGCCAUUGUUUUGUUCACGUGGUUCCGAACCUAUCAAAAGAUUAUUUUACUCCAAGAUAAACACGACCGAAGGAACGCUUUGUAGCCUCUUCGUUCAAGCGACGCGUCAUUUCGAGAAAAAGUGAAGGUGGAGUUAUACAUUUUUUAUGACCUGGCUGGAAUCCGAUCGUUGCACAAACUCGUAGCUGGUGGCCGCCAAAGUGAAGACAUAAUGCACAAAUUUUAGGAUUCAAAUUAGCCUUUAGUGCCACCAAUUGAUAUGCAAAUCUGACGAGCUACUAGAAGUUGCACGCUUCGCUUUCUCAGAACAGAAGCGAUUGUCCGCGAUACGGGACAACAGCAAGACGAUUAGAUUUCCAGCGUUGCCCGUAGAGAUGUAACUCCUGAGCUUGGUCACUACAAAUUGUUUAUAUUCUUGGCCCGACGGGAAAGGUUUCGUGCCGUCGCCGUAGAAAGCAGAAGAAUUAAGUACCAUAGCGCGCAUUCUGCCGUUUUAAAUCUAUCGAGCGACUCCCGGCGACAUGUGGAUGGCGGUGAUUUCUUCGGCUGCGGAAGACUACAUUCCGAGUCAGGAUGAAACCGAAGAAGGAGAAAUAUCCAUCUUAUUCUGGUCGUUUGCGUUUGUUUUUCUGCUCGUUGUGACCGUGUGGUUUUACAUCACACAGAUUGCUACGAUCCGAAGGUCCGCCGGUCGGCAAAUUUCUGAUAAGGAAAUCGAUCGAGAGGAGGAGGUCGCGAGGAAAAUUCUAGAACAGUUGACCGACGAUCUUCGGUUUAAGAGUGAUAUUUCGAAAGAAGACACGUUGGAUAAUGCUGCUUCGGCGCCGAGUGGGGAGAGAGAGGAGUCUAGCGUUUACGAAUACAUUGACGAUGAAAUUCACAUUCACUAUUCAAAGUACGGGUGGGAUGACGAAAGUUUCGAAUCGUCUGAUGGUUCAAGUGGUCUGGCAGCCGCUCGAAGACCCUCUAUGGAAAACAUGGAUCUUAUCUUCCCUGGAUUCUUACCUAGUAUUGUUGAAGAGGAAGAAAUUGAAGAGGAUAGUGACAGUGAAAGCAGCGAGAAAUCUCAAGACACGGAUGUCGAUGAUAAGUUUAGCGCCGACCUUUCAUAUUUACCUACAGCCUACAAGCAGCUAGUUAAUAACAAUGAUGGGGUGUUAGAAAGUUCAGUGAAUAUAGAACAUAAGCUCGAUCUUUCUGGGAGUGGAACAAAAUUUGCCCCGUUUAUUGAAAGCCGCGAGACCAUGACAAAGGAACUGCAGCCGAAAGAAGAUCGUGUUGUUAUUGGUGAGCCCGCUGAGUCGCAAUCGCUUUUCGCUUUUGAGAAUGUUAACCACCCCGCGAUCGUCAAAUCAAUCUCCGAACCUGUAAAUAUAGAACAAAACGGCUCUUCUUUGUUAUCUACCGAAAUUGACAAUCGUUGUCAAGUGUUAGAUGCGGAAAACUCUAAAAAUAUUCUAUCACCUGAGCCAGCAAGUCACAUCUCCACGCAAGAAAGCGCGAUACCAACGAAGUGCCGAACUGUUGCAGAAGUCACUUCCGGUAGUUUGGAUUUUUCUGCACCGAAAGACGAGAAGGAAACAAUACUGGACAGUGUUUCUGACGUGAACAACAGUGCGAUCGAGAGCACCUCAUUGUUUACAAUAUCGAGCUGUGAUCUUGCGCCAGCUCUCAAACAAGAUGCAAAUGAGGAGCCCAAAUUACAUGCAUCAAAUGAGCAGAAAAUUUCCUGUCCUCCGAACGGUCUGGAUCGUUAUUUCACACGUGAUAUCCACUUCGAAAAUUCAAAGAACGAAGAAAAUGCCCGUGGUAACAUUGAAAAUGAACGCGACACGGAGCUUAGCGAUGCUUCAGCGGAGGAGGACACCAGUGGAUUAAAAGGUAUUAAAAUGGACAUAAACAAAAGCGAUCUCGCUGACUUUCAAUUGAAGGGUUUCGUCGAUGAAAUAGCGGGUACAAAUGACCACACGAGACACGCCUGGACGUUUUUCUCCAUGUCGGGAAGCGACGAAACAACCAAGCCACAGAAGGGAAUUUCGAGCCCGAAACAACAACUCGAUCAAGUGGCAGUUCCUAAAAUAAUUAUCGAUUCUUAUGACGAUGGUUUGAAAAGUGACAUUAAAAUCCCUAAUGAUGAUUCUAUGGAUAUGAAUGGUUCAACACGAUACGCCAACCCGUUUGAAACCGACACGUUUGAAACUGACAUUGAUAUUGACGAUGUUGAUUUGAUCGACAGCGACGAACUGCAAGACGAAGGAGAGUUUAGCAUUUAUUUCAAAAGGCACGUUUCUGUGACAGAUCUAGACAAGAUUCUCUCGGAAGAAGGCCAAGCCGAAGUGAAUGACGAUUCUAGCAAAGACGUAGUGGAAACCGAUCUAUCCGUGGACAAAGUCGAGCAGAGAGAUGUUGAUAUUUCAUCUACGCGUACUGUAAUAUCAUCAGAUGAAGAAACAAAUUAUUCUAUUACAGCACCCGAGACAACGCACGUUGACGAUGGAUCAGACAUAAAUAUUCAAAAGUCAAUUAUUGUCACUUCAAAGUUGAGCGAUUGUUUAGAUAAACAACCAAGUGAAGAGCUGCAAGAGUUCGAGCCUUCGAUAAAGAGUUACGAGGUGGAAACGUUAAUGGAUGACGUUUCAUUUCAAAAGGAUGGUGUUUAUGGCGAACUAGUCCUGUCGAAACUUAACGACCAUCAGAGAGAUCACCCUGAUGAUGUUAGUUUUGAUUAUUACGGCGAGGACUGGUCUGAAUUUAUCGAAGACCACAGGCGUGAGCGAAAGCCACGUCUAUACACAAUCCCGGAAGACGAAGAAAUUAGCUCAGCAGAAGAUGAUAAGGGAAAGGAGUUCGAAAGCAAUCUGUGGGAUCAAGCGGGGUAUAAUUACAGCAAUGGUAAUGAGUUUAGUGUUCGUAAAGACCCCAGGUUACAGGCCCCUAUUGCUACCAUGGACGCCAGUGACUCUGAGUUUGACCUGGAUGAUCAUAGCAGUUCUGAAGCAGAGAAAUCUGGCCCCGAAAUUGACGAACACUCUGAGAAGAAAUAUCAACCGAAGUUGCCAGAGGAACCUAGUCACUUAGACGAAAUUAUAACCUACAAUGGCCUUACCAAAAAUGGUGGAAUCAACGAGGCAAAGAAUUUAGCCAAUGAGAAGGAGAAGAAAUUAAAAGAACCUGUUUUCUUAGACAAAAUUAUUUCUUGCAAUGGCGUGACUGAAAAACCUGAAAUCGGAGGCGUGAUAGAUGUGGCCAGCGACGAACAAAAAAGGUCAAACGAACCGCCUGAACUGUCGGACAAAAUGUUCGCUUACAAUGGCGUGAACGGCGAUAUUGGUGUCGUUGGAGACAGUACAAGAUCUGUAAAAAUUGUAAAGAAAAUCAAGAUUUUUGUCAGAAAGGAAGUCAUGAUUACUAAAGACGAGCAGGAGCUUCAGAGUCCAAAACAGUUGAUUGAAGAAUUUGGCGAUCACAAAAAAGAUAAAAUCGAUACGGAAAAUGCACGUAACGAAACUAGUGCGAGGAAAGAAGUUGAAGAGGCAGAAAUCGUUCCGAAAUGCCGUGAACCAAAGAUGCAUCCUUCGUACGAUGUCAUCAAAGCUGAGAUUGACUCGGAUGCUAACUUCACGCAGCCAAUGAACUUUGAGGAAGAACAGUGUGACAUUUCUGAGGUUAUUGCUAAGGAAACGGAAAUGAUUCCCAGAAAGGAAUCUUACACGCCUCCCAAACCUGAACAAAAAGUCGUGGACGAGGUUAUCGAAGUAAGCGUUAAGAACACCCCAGAGCGUGACGUCACGCAACUUCUCACGCAAGCACUCGCACAAAGCGAUAACCCGAAAACCGACGCAAAGCCCGAAUCAAAAAUUGUGACCGAUGUUGUCAAGGUGCUCCCAUUAUCCUUAGAAGGUGACGCCCCGAAAAGUGUCGGAAUAGAAGAUUCUUGCAAACCACUGGCAAAGAAUGAUAACAGAGAAAUGAACAACACAUCUAGAGCCGAAAACGUCGAGAGCUGCACUUCACCCACGCAAAAAGAAGCCCCAGUACGUGACAUAACUCAAAUGUCCCCUAAACGAACCAAACAGAAGCAUCUAUCUAAAAUGGUCGCUAGGUUCGAAUCAAAAAUCGAAGCUGAAACUGUCAAAGCGCGCAGGUCGUCUGUGGAAUCCAAGGUCCCCAAACGUGACGUCACGCAAGAUGAGGAGAAGCUACCUGUACAGAACGGUCAAACGAAAGUGGACAACAAACCUGGGUCGGAAAUGAAGCCUGAGAACGUCAAGGCGAGUGUUUUGUCUGUAGGAGCGAGCGUUCUAAAACGAGACGUCAGGCAAGAUGCUCAGAAACUUCCUGUGCAGAGCGUUCAAACGAAAGUGGACGACAAACCUGGAUCGGAAAUAAAGCCUGAGAACGUCAAGGCGAGUAUUUCGCCUGUAGGAGCGAACGUUCCAAAACGAGACGUCAGGCAAGAUGCUCAGAAACUUCCUGUACAGAGCGUUCAAACGAAAGUGGACGACAAACCUGGAUCGGAAAUAAAGCCUGAGAACGUCAAGGCGAGUAUUUCGCCUGUAGGAGCGAACGUUCCAAAACGAGACGUCAGGCAAGAUGCUCAGAAACUUCCUGUACAGAGCGUUCAAACGAAAGUGGACGACAAACCUGGAUCGGAAAUAAAGCCUGAGAACGUCAAGGCGAGUAUUUCGCCUGUAGGAGCGAACGUUCCAAAACGAGACGUCAGGCAAGAUGCUCAGAAACUUCCUGUACAGAGCGUUCAAACGAAAGUGGACGACAAACCUGGAUCGGAAAUAAAGCCUGAGAACGUCAAGGCGAGUGUUUCGUCUGUAGAAGCGAACGUUCCAAAACGAGACGUCAGGCAAGAUGCUCAGAAACUUCCCGUAGAGAGCGUUCAAACGAAAGUGGACGACAAACCUGGGUCGGAAAUGAAGCCUGAGAACGUCAAGGCGAGUGUUUCGUCUUUAGAAGCGAGCGUUCCAAAACGAGACGUCAUGCAAGAUAUCGAGAAACUUCCUGUACUGAGCGAUCAAACGGAAAUCGACGCUAAACCUGAAUCGAAAUCCACGCCGGAAGCCAACCAGGUGAAAACGACACCUGUGAAAGAACACAUCCCAAAACUUGGCGUCACGCAGUACGUCAAGAAACUCGGUCAGACAAAUCGUGACGCCAAGCCUGACUCGCAAUCGACGCCAGAGACCAUCCAGAUGAGAAAGUCAUUUGUGGAAGAAGACGUACCAACACCUGACGUGACGCAGAAUUUGGAAACAAUUCCUGUAGAGAGCGAUCAAACGACAAUCGUCGCAAAACCACAGUCCAAAUCGACACCAAGGACUAUCGAAGCGAGAUCUUCAUCUGUUGAACAAGACGUCUCAAAACGUGACGUGACGCAGCAGCUCGAAAACAUUCCUGUACAGAGCGAUCAAAUGACAAUCGAGUCGAAAUCCACCCCUGAGACUAUACAGGCGAAUGAGGUGUCUUUGAAAGAAGACACCCCUAAAGUCGUCUUCACGGAGUGCGUCGAGAAUCUUCCUGCCGAGAGUGAUCUCACGAAUGCCGACGUUAAACCCGAGUCGAAAUCUACGCCUGAGACUGUCCAGGUAAAUGAGUCAUCUUUGAAAGCAGACACCCCUAAACUUGUCCUCAAGGAGUACGUCGAGAACCUUCCUCCCGAGAGUGAUGCGACUAAUGACGACGUUAAACCCGAGCUGAAAUCGACGCCAGACACCAUACAGGCGAGAACGUUACCUGUGAAAGAAAACAUCAUAAAAGCUAACGUUAAGGAAUAUGUGAAGAGACUCCCUGCACAGAGCGAUCAAACGCAAAUUGACGCUAAUCCCGACUCGAAAUCGACACCAGCGACUAUCAAGACGACAGCGUCAUCUGUGCAAGAAGACGUCAUAAAACGUGACGUCACGGCGUAUGUUGAGAGACUCCCUGAACAGAGCGAUCAAACACAAAUUGACGCUAAACCCGACUCGAAACCGACGUCGGCGACUAUCAAAACGACAGUGUCAUCGGUCAAAGAAGACGUCAUAAAACGUGACGUCACAGCAUAUGUCGAGAGACUCCCUGCAGAGAGCGAUCAAACGCAAAUUGACGCUAAACCCGACACGACAUCGACGCCAGCUGCUAUCAAGACGACGGCGUCAUCUGUGGAGGCCGUCGCCCCAAAACGUGGCAUCACGAACGAUGUUGCGCAAACACCUGCGCAAAAGGAUGACAUUUUACUGGAAGCUAAACUCGAACCAAAAAUAACACCAGAGAUCAAGGCCAGAGCGUCGUCCGUUGAAGCCGUCUCCUCAGAACGUGAGAUCGUGAAAGAUUUUGUGAAAGUACCCGCACAAAACGAUCAAACAAAAAGUGACCGUACGGAUAAAGUAUCUAAGACUGUUACAAAAGACGACAUUCAAGCAAAACCCAAGAGAUCAAAUGUUGGAUUGAAAUUGUUUAUAUCGGGAAAGAGGCGCAAAGAAGAUUCAAAAACUGCAAGUGAAAAUGGCAUGUUGUCUCCGAGCUCCAGCGAAGAACCUGCUUUAACUGAAGAAACUGAAGUUCAGUCACCCGAGUCACCUCCUGUUACAAUAAGCAUUCAGGGAAAAGAUUCGCAAGAGGAUAGAGAAGGCAGAAGAGUCCGCUCUCCGACGAGGAUGUCGCCGACACCUUGGGAGAAGAAACCUCGAAAGACCUACCUCGCAUCUCGCAACAUACGACUCAGCAAGAGCCAUGAAGAUCUCAGGUUUGUUGAAAGAGCGCCGGGAGAAAUGCAGGAUAUUAUCCAAGAAGAGGAGCCUGCUACGCACAACGUCCAGGCUGGCCAAAGUGUUCCCGAGGACGAUGUGAAAGAGUUAAUCGAGCCAGAUUCUAUUCAUACCGCUAAAAUCACUGUUCAAGAGGUCGUAGGCGACAAGCAAAGGAUUCUUAUUUUGAACGUGAAGAAGAAGGUUCAUGGAAAGGCGAGAUGGAAGUCCCUGAGUGAUCUUGAUUCGAUCAAAAUGGCGGUGACGCCGCCCCGAAGACGUAGCGAUUUGGGAAACGCACUGGCGAGUUUUGCCGAGGAAGAAAAAAAAGUUGAAGGGCGUAAGGGUCCGACGGUUUUGCCUGUAUUGGAGGUUAAAACGCGCCGCAAGUCACUGCCUGAAAUGGAAGAAUCAAUAUCUGAGGAACAAGUUGUUUCACCUCGAAGAUCACCCAUUCUCAAAGUGACAGCACUGCAAGAUCUUGAAUCUGUGACAGAAAAAGACGCACCGACCAGAAUAAUUAAAGCCAGAGUGAUGCCAGUAUUGGAAGAGGGAGAAGCACAAAGUGACGAGAACGUAACAGAAAUUAGAGACAAAGAGACUUCAAGGCGAGAAUUUAAAGCUCGUGUGACACAGAUAUCUUCAAGGGAGUCCAAACCUCGGGUAGAACGCGAGGACGUCGAUGGCAGCGAGGAAAACAGGGCACAGGAGAGAAUAAUUAGUGCGCCGAUUGUGUCGCCCGUUGUUGAAGCUAUCCCGUGGCUAGAGCGAGAGACUGUUACAGAAAUUUCAGAUUCUGCAACCAAGGGAAACACCAUCAAAGUCCGGGUUGCACGUGUAACUCCUGCAGAGGAAGUCCCGCCACAAACUGAGGACAGAUUUUCUCGACCUCGUUUAUCGCCAACAGUGGAAACACUGCCAAAGCUGAGAGAUGAACGUGAAAUUGAAGCUCGUGUAUCGCAGAUAUCGCCCAUAAGAGAAGUCCGUUACAGACAGGGUCGGGAGUCUGGAUACGGAAGCUUAGAGAUAAAGGAUAAUGACGCCGGAACUCCGAGUGCGUUUAACACCCUUGGCAGCGUUCGUUCUGAUCCUGUUUCUACUCUGGGAGGUGUUAACGAGCGUAGCGUAAGCAGCUUAAGCAGCAUCGAGGAUGCAUUUGACGGAGAAAUUCUGGGAGAGAGCCGAAUUAUGGUUACAGAUUUAGACGCUUUACUAGCUCAACAAACUGCUGCAGUCACAGAGGAGAAGCCGCGACCACAAAGCCCUGAAACCCAUGAAGUCACAGAGAAAGUUCAUGUGUGGGCGCGGAUGGAACCUGUUCCUCAAAAAGCCGUCCGUAUCAACAGUAACGAGCAAGACGACGAUGAAAAUCUGGUUAUACAUCACGUCAAAUCAGAAGAACCUAUUGUCAUCGAACCUGUGAUUGUCACGGAGGCAGCCAGUAACGAGGAAUCGAACGUGAUUUCAGCUUUUCUAGUCAACGAUGGUUAUGACGAUGACGAGCUGGAUGAAGUUUUCUUUGAGGAUUACCCACCUUACGGUUUCCCUAAUAGUCACGGCAACUCUGUGCGGAAACACAGCAGCGAUGCUGACUCCGAAACGUCAUCUGUGAGCAGCCUGCCGCUGAAACCUCGCCAUCGGCAAACAAGGGCAGCUCUCGAAGCCGCUAACAUCGGAGCCCGAAAUCGCACCGAGUCAAGUGGAUCUUCUAAAACUGCCACACCUGUUGUCGAGCUAGAGAAUGAAAAGGCCGCUACUUCAUCUGGUUCAAGCACGCCGGAAAUCAGAGCGAGCGAAGUUUCACGGGAGGAAUCGUCCUCGUAUAAAACACCCGAACGAUCUCCUCCUGCGGCAAAGGAGACGCUAACCAAGUUUACUUCGGCCUUUAUUUCUCUUUCGCGAACGACAAAAGUCCGCCGCCCUCGUGCGAGGUCGGAGGAAAAAUCCGCUCCUAAGUCCGAUGAGGAACCUAGUGCACAAACUAAAGGACCGGGGCCUAGCUUACAAAAGAAGGGACUAGGAACUAGUGUCCAGGACGUUCAGAUAAUGCCAGGACUCCAUAUAGACCAACAGCGUUUUAAGGACGCCGCGGAUAGUCGAAAAUCAAUGCCGGACUUGACAAAAAGACAGCACCCGAUAAACGACUCUCCGUUUUUACGGGGAUUGAGCGCUCAUACACGCAAGUGGCUCAGUCAAAACGCCUGGAUGGAUUCUAAUGAACAGCAAGAUGAGGACGAUCUUAUGACUUCAGAUCUUUUCCUGUAUCCCUCAAAUCGUUUUCAACCCGGAUCCAACAUCGACGCCAGUUUCAUGUCAUUAGCGGGGGAGAGAGACUUUCCUGAUGAUAUCUCGGUGUCGUCGUUGUCAACGCGCCCUCAGAGCCCAAUGUCGGAAUUCUCGUUUGCUGGGGAGGUCCCUUACUGGGGAAUGCGGCGAGGCUCAACGACUACUGUGAAGUGUUCCAAUCCUCGAUGCGAGCAAGAGGAGGUUUUGUUACCGGGCGAGAAAACCACUUAUACAUCUUGCCCCGCUUGUUUCACAUAUUACUGCACAAGGAACUGCAGGCGGAUUCACUGGUCGGAACACAAGAAGGUUUGCUUCUUCGGUCGUAUCAACAGCUAUAUUCGCUCCUUCAUUUAUCUCUGCCACAAGAAAGAAGCUCUGACAUUCCAGCUCUCUAAGGCGGCCAAAGAAGGAUUCAAAAGGAAAGGGCGUGGCUGUGUGCUGGUAACGUUCGCGUCUGCGCAGUCGGCGCGCAAAUUCAUGACCACCGGUUGCUCGUUUUUCCCCAGUCCUCCAACGUACUCAUCCUUGCAGGAUUUACAGGCGGAAGGUGUGGUGAGCAAGCACAGGGUGGCUUUAAUUCAGAAUAUCAGGGACUACGACCCCGAGGGGGAAUUCGUCCUCAAUCUCGCCAUCAUUGCUGGUAAGAUGGAGAACCUUCCAGCGAAUCCUGUUCCGCGGAGGAAAGUGACUACCGUUCUUCAAGUGAUCAAGAUUCCCUUUAGUAGCAAGCUCAAAGAGGAUGUCUCGUCUUCUCCGAGCGACCCAAAAACUGAAACGAAGCUGUUUUACUUGCCGAAGUGCGCUCGACAUGAAUUCGUAAACGAGAACGAAGCGCGAAGACAUUACUGCAGAAACAUUUCCAAGAAUUUGAAACAGUAUGGAAUCCGACUGAAAAACGACUAUCCCGAUGUGUAUGAGAAACUUUGCCUUUACGUCGACCAGAACAUCCGAUUCAAAGAGCCCCUUACUGUCUAUGGCAACCAGGGCAAGAAGAUUGUGAUGUGUAAAAUCAUGCCUGAGGCUGGUGACGACGGAAAGAAAUGAGGAGAGCUUUAAAAUUGAAUCACAAGAAUUGACUACCUCGUGUGACAGUGAGUAAAGAAUGCAUUUUUAAAGCCCUUCUUCAGAAAGUGCUCCCUCAAAGGAACAUCAUGCAGGUCGUUUAAUACGUAGCAUUCAUUGUGUCACAACAGUUCAGGUAUACCAGAAAGGUCGCUUACUUGAAGCUACCGUGACAAGCAUGUCACUGCUGACAAGAUUGCCCGCGCAGCACCUGAUUGUCAAGGUCAAUUAACUCAUAAUUUACACGAUUUACUUUUUAGUUUUUUUACACACUUAUUGAGAGUACUUUACAAUAUUGCUUUAAAUUGUCUUCAAUUUUAUCAUUUUGGGGCUUACCGACCUUUAAGGGUCAUUAUUUUGAGUGUUUUUACAUGAUUUAAGGAUUUCAGUGUUGUUUUCUUGUAAGACAUGGAAACGCUACUACUUUAAGGGAGUCUUCGAUUUUAUUUCUUAGGGAAGUUCAGUGUACGAUUUUGUUUCAUUAAAACACUCUGCUAGCUUUUAUAGUGCCAUUUUAUCAUCCCAGUGUAUCAAUUUUUGUCCAGUGGUGCUUGCUUUAGUUUAAUAACCGCCACGGUUAGAUUUUUCUCAAUUAUUUUGCGUCGUAAACAUAUUUACGUUAUGGUAAAGUUCUAUACGCCUGGGUCAAUAACGUUAGGCGUUUCUUAACAAUUUCAUCGCAAGUCUCGUGUAUUAUUUCUACAGUUUAACUUCUUUAUCACACCUUAAAGCAGUUUUUCAUUGCUUUAAUACAAUCAAAUUCCUGGAAACUACAGUAUUAAUGUAUCAAUCUGAAAUUGUGAUUAUAAGCUUUUAUAAUAUUAUCAAAUAACGACCAAGACAACCUUAAUAAUCGAUCAAACCGAUUUGAAUGAUUUGUUAAUAAAUGCUCUCCUAUACCGUUAAUCCUGGCGGAGAUUAAAAUUCAAUAAAUUCCGUGCUAUUGAUUACACUGUAACACUGUUCACGAAACACUUUCUUGACGAAAGCUAAAUUCUUUUAUCUAACUGCGCCAGAGUUCAAACGAAGUCAGAUAAUCAGGCUUAAGUAUAUAUUCUAGGGUAGUCGUUUUGUGACGGAAAUUCUCCGUUGAAGGGCAGAGUAGCCUGCAGGUCAGGCACAUUAAUUUAGAAGAUUUUCGUAAUCAUAGUGCAAAGGGCAAGACACGCGCGCGCGGUCAUGCGCUCGCCACGUGUGUCUCGCGCAAAGUCACGUUCGUGUCGUAGACGCUACAGAUAAUUAUCCAAAAUCUACUAUUCAUUUAAUCAAAUCAUCUUUCCUAUAGCUGUUUUAUUCUACUGAUAGAUCUCCACGCAGUCGAAACGUAAGGGUUGACCUUACCACGGUUUUUUUGCAAAUAAGAUAAAUUCAUUAAAGUAAAUUUUGAUUUCCAAAAUAGGACUUAGUGAGUCACAUAUAUUAUGUCAACAAAGCUGUGUAGAUAUCUCAAAACCAUAAGUAGCAUAAAAUCCUCGAGGCGAACAUUCAAAUGUUAUACAUAGCAUCCACUAGUUGAAUUCCAGCCGCGAGCUUUUUCGCAUACGCAACAAAAAUAUAUUUCGAUAAAUAUAUUUGGUCAUUAUAAUAUGAUUAAACUAUCAUGCAGCGCCGAGUUAUUCAUCGGAUUGUCCUCCUUGUGAAUUCUAUACCAACCUCCAGUCCCUCUCCCCUUUGUGACUUCCGGUAUUCCGGUAGCACCGGAAGUCGCAAAGCUGGAUCGAAGGACAAUGAAUUUCAGUGCUUGUAAGGCACUUGCUUGGUCAGGAACUGGCGUUUCGGAUUCCAUCUGUCUGGAGAUGGACUAGGAACUACUAAUCCUAGGUAAGGAUUACGAAUUAAUCUUCUUUCAAAGUAUCCUGUCUGAAACUCGCUUAAUUAACAGAGAUCUAUUUGCAAAUGUUUUUGUUAGAUUUUUGGUGGUGUUCAAGCCACUAAAGCCAGACACGGCGCGUCAGUGUAGUUUAACAAUGAAUAAACUUUUCAUUAAAAGCGCGAUAGUGGCCUGGCUUACAUUGUACGAUUUAUUUGUCUGACGAGCUGAAUAACCAUUAUGAGUUCAAGUCUUAAUUGUAAUAAUCAAAUCGUUGUUGGCCAGGGGUUUAUAAGGCGUACCGGUUUUCAAUUAUUGUAUGUACUGUAUUUUGAUUUUUUUGAUUUUUUAGAGGAUUAUCGAGAUUAAAAUAUAGGCGACAUUUUAACACAUGGUUUUAGAGGGCGUUUGAAUGUUAUAAAUUUCGGGUUAUGAUGAAUCUGGGAAAUUUUAAGGAGGCACCGUUGUAUACCAAAAGUUCCUUGGCCGAUCUUGAGCUAUAACCAAUAGGUUCCACUGAACACCAAGUUCCAACCGAAAUAAACUAUGUAUGAAUUAUAAUUACAAAUCGAUUGUGUGGUCUUACAAAUCCCCAUGGAAGUUGUAGAUCAUGCAAAGUCCCUGAUCUUUAAUAAGACAGUGCCUGAACAAAUAGUUUCUUAAAUAUAUAUUUUUCAAUAGCAAGCUUACACAAACAACUUUGGAAAGACCUGUUGAAUUGCCGAUUACCCUGGUAUCCCGUGUGUAAGCCCUUAGCAUUAAACAACUUCGCUGUGGCUUUGAAAAGGGCUUACUCAAGAGUUAGGGCUUUUAAUUACGGUAAACAAAUGUUUCGUGAUAAAUUAGCAGAACACUAACUUACAAGCAUAUCGUUCUUUAACGCUAAUUCCACUCGUAACACAUAAUUUAUUUUCCAUGUAUAAUUUUCAGUAUGCAAGAAUUGUAAAGAGCCCGGGAAUUUUAAGGUAGCUAUCAUCUUUUUUUAUGGUCAGCUCUGCCCUCGUACGAUAGAUUUUGUAAAUAGGUCCGAUUGCUAUGUAAUCUGUUUGGGUAACUGAUGAUUAACAUCAGUCAUUGUAAACACCUAAAUGAAAUAAAUAUUACAUUGUUAUAGAAUUC